AUGUGGCGUGACGAGCUGCUGUGGCCCUGCCGCCGGCGCCUCCGAGCGGCCGCCGUCGCCGCGGCCGCCGUGGCGAGUGACGCCGCGGUGUCGCUGGUGAAGGAGGUUCAUCGGGUGUCCUCGAUGCCCUGCGGCCGGAAGGCAGCCACUUUGCUGACCUGCAUUUGGAAGCACGAGGAUCAGAGUCCACCUGAGAGGUACUUUCUCUAUUUGCACGGCUUUCCGGAUCAGAGCUUGGACCAUCGCAUCGAGUCGAGCCACUACGGGCAGAUUCACCCGCGCUUGCCCCAACGCCUCGCCGAGCGGCUCUUGAGCGAAAGGCCUCGGAGUGCCUUCGUGGCCUUCAACUUUGCUGGGACACCCGGUUCUGACGAUACUGUGAGUUUCUACGAGAAAACGGUCAGCCGAGAGGUCUUGGAUGCCCUAUGCAUCAUUGAGUACUUGCGACGGGACAAGCUUUGGCCAAUCCAUGUCAUCGGGAUUUCCACUGGUGCCAUUGUUGCCAGCUUGCUUCGAGGAAAAACCACGAAGCUCACCAUCACUGCGAUCGCUGGGCUGGUGGACUUGGAGAAAGGCCUUCACUAUGACUUCGAUGAGUCGCAGCUGGCAUCCUUUGAAUCCGACGGCUUUUGCUGGAAGGAGUUCUGGCUGCCACAGUCAGCUUCUAACCCCGGCAGUGCAUGCAGCCCGACAGAGGCAGUUGAGGGGAAGACUCAGGAUGUAUGGAGCAAAUGUGCCAUUCCGCUCUCUGUGACCUACCGGGAUGACUUCCUCUCCUUAGAUCUGAAGGGCUUUGUGAGCCAGAAUUCUACACCAAUGCUGAUUCUGCACGGAGAUCGCGAUCGAAACGUUCCCUUGGAGAACGGUGAGGAAUUGUUUCGGGUGGCGGCCAAGCCCAAGGAGAUGGUGAUCAUCAAAGGUGGAGACCACCUGCUCCGCAGCUCCAAGUGUACCAACAAAGCAGCCGCGGCCAUCCUUGACUUCAUCGCACGACACGACACUCAGGAGCCGUGA